GUUAAGUCUAUGCACUAAAAAAUAUCUGUAUGUUAAGGCAAGUUCUAGAACUGGAACAUGACAUUGGACUUGUUGAUUUAAGGAAGCUAAAGUGCUUUUUAAGGAAAAAAAUGGUUCUCAGCUCUGUGUGGGUUCUGGGACACAACCAACCAAUCAGAAGUUGAGAGUUUUGUUCUCUUUGAGAAUUUUGACUGGUCUGUUAGUGUGGUCAUGGUAAUGUCCUGGUUUCAGUACUGUGGAUUGUCCUUAGUACAUGGGAGCCCUUCCACCAAGCAGUAUUUAUAAUAUUUGGUAAUGGUAUACGGGUAAAUAAGAGUCAGGAUGGGCUUUUCUGGCAGAGGUCUUGCCAUGGAUGGGAUUGGAGACUGGCCCUCCAACAAAAUCAUGAAACGACGAAGCCAGUCACCAUUUCGUGACGUUUCACCUGUACCGUCACAUUACUCAGAACCGGUCUCAUUAUUACACCACCGGGAUGUAAUUGCUAGCCUUCCUCGCCUCCCUGGUGUAAAAGGGGCACUAAGGGAUGACGAUGAUGAUGAUGACACUCGGAGUCACAAGAGUCUACCAGCGGUGAUGACUGCAUUAACCCUCCAAUCCAGACAAAAUAGGCCACACAGAAAUUCUGAGAAUAAAGUCAUUUCCAGAAGUCCCCCUCUUAUAAGUUCCAGGUACAGAAUAGUGACCAUUCCAGAGCUAAAUGUUUAUACAGGCUUCAUACAUUACACAUUAUCAAUUGGAUACCACAAUGAGAUCAGUCAUUCCAGGAAAAUGGUGUCCCAGGUGCAGUUUGAUUGUGAUAGGCACUGGGUGCAAAACUGUCUUCAAACUUCCACCGAUCACCAAAUCCAGAAAUACUUGGAAGGAAAUGGACCCCCGAGACCACCUUGUAGGGCUGGAUGCAGGCCAGACAAAAUGGAAACCAAUUCAGCAAAACAUGCUCAUGCAUUCAACCAUCUGAAAAUUGUACCUGUCGGCCAGACGGCUCUGUCUGUUAAGGUGCACAGUGUUCAAGGAAAUGGGCCCUACCUGUCCCCUUUCAAAGCCUCUGGAGUGUCCAUGGGAUCUCGCCUCUCUUUCCAAAGUCCUGUAGUGCAGGCAGUGUACCCUAUCAGUUCUGACACUGAGCAACAAAUGGAGCAGACUGAUAGAGCAUGCCAACCCCUGAGGUCUGUACUGAAGAAAGCACAUGCACCAAAUGGAGGAGUGUGUAACUGCACACUGGUGCCCCACCUGCUGGAGCCAUUUUCUGGGUUCCAAGAGCAUCUGUGCUGCCAGAUCCUCCACUCUCCCCUACCUCAUCGCGCAGCUCUGCCACAGGUCCAUAUACCUUGCCACCUGAAACAGGUGCAUCUGGUGCCUGCCCGCAGGGGCCCAUAUGGCUCCCUGAUGGAACGCACUGUGGAGCUUUGCAACUCCCAAGGACAAAAGCUUCCCAGGAUCACCAUGACUUGCCCAACACCUUCUCCAAAACACCUCUGUCGUACUGAGACGAGACAUGUGGCUUGAUAGACAAAACAAGCAUUGCACUGUUACUUAAUAAUAAUGCCCAUAUAUAGGGAUAGUUUACCAAGAAUACAAAUUAUGUGAUUCUUUACUCAUCCUCAUGUCGUUCCAAAACUGUAAGACUGUUUUUCUUGUGUGGAAGUUUAGCAGAAUGUUGACUCUGCUCUUUUCCAUUCUUUGAAAGUGAUUGAUGAUUAGAGCCUGUAAAGCUCAAAAAUUGAAAAAAAGCAUCCUAAAAGUUGUGCAUGCGAGUCUUCUGACAUCAAACGAUAGCUUUGUGCAAAAAAUAGGACUUCAGAAAGUGUGUUAUAAAGUUUAUAUUCAAGUUAUUCAAUUUCAGGAAGUUGUUAUUCGCUGAUAUUAUCUCAAUAAUGCAACACAAUAUUGGUUCUCAUGUCCCUCGUAAUAUAUGCGCAUAUUCAAAUUGCACAAAUGAGAGUUGAGGACUAUGGCAGAGGGGAAGACUUUAAGUGAAUUACUUAAAUUUCGGUCAGCUCGUCACACAAAGCUAUCUUAUGGCUUCAGAAGACUUUAAAUAUAGUGCACAAUUCAUAUAACUAAUGUUUUGGUACUUUUAUGAUGCUUUUUUUUUUGUCAGGAACUUGACAGUCCAAUAGAGCUUAAAAUAGGGUAGCAUAAACAUUUAGUUUACUCAGGCACUAGGGUAUUCAAGCUUGAAAUCAUGAUCGCCAAGGAGACUGAUGAUGUCAAGGUUUAUAGUGAAAAAGGAGUUAUAUUUUGGUCUGUUCUCCCCGAAAACUGGAUCACUUCAGAAGAUUUGGAUUAAACCACUGGAGUUUUAUGGAUUACCUUUAUGCUACCUUUAUGUCAUUUUUGGAGCUAGAAAGUUUAGUCACUUUUCACUUGCAUUUUAUGGACAAACAGACAACACAUCUCCAUUCAAAUAUCUUUGCUUGUGUUCUGCGGAAGAAAGAAAGUCAUACAAGUUUAAGAUGACAUAAGGGUGAGUAAAUUAUAAGAAUCAUCAUUCUUGGGUGAACUAUUCCUUUAAAAGACUAUAAAGCCAAGUCUCUUAGCACUGUUCCUGAUUGCUCAGCAAUUAUUGGAGAUGAGUUCAUAUCACUUCUGUUCAUCGCUCUAUUUUGUCAAGUCAUUAUCGAAUCACGUGUCGUCUUUUAUCUGGUUCCCUUAAGGAUUAUAAAGCCAUGUCAGAACUGAACAUGGGGGGGCUGCACUGCUCCACAGAAUCUCAGUGAGCAGUACAGGAAGUGUCUCAGAGGAGCUGUACAUUUUCCAGGGUGUUAAGACCCCUGAGGUACAAAUCCAUUUUACUGUCUUACUAAAGUGAAAUAAAA